CUUACAAAAUGUCAUUUUUUUUACAGCUGGUUAACUUGUCGGCCCAUCGAACAGUUACGCAUAAUUAAGAUGUUGUUAACAUUUCAGGACAGAUUACGUCUUCCAUGGCGUGGCGGAUCUAAGCAUGCCACAUUGGGUAGCCUUAUUCCCGUUGUUGCGAUUCCAUUACUUAUUAGCUUAGCAGCAAUCAAUGCAUAUACCUGCAUUAUAUUAUUUUUAACAAGCUCUGUGAUAAUGUGUUAUGCUUUCAAUUACGUCCAGAGCAAAGCAAUACGGACAAGUUUUUUCAGCAUAUGGGUGUUUUCAUCAUUGGUCUACUUGAUAGUGUUGUUUGAAUGCACUGUACCGCUUUUCCAACUACUCCCAGAAGAGAAUUGGGCUUUAGUCGCACUCUCCAUAAUUUCAUUGAUUUGCUUUUAUCAGACUCGUAAGCGAGCUAUAUUAAAUCACGUCAUACAGUUUGCUGGAACAGCAAAUGGAGUACUCAUCGUUACAGAAACAAGCGUCUCAGAGGAAGAUAAGACGAUAAAAGCAGCUCUACUGCUAGAACAGGACUUGGAAGAAAUACAGCCAACUGAUUGUGCGAACCGCGUUCAACCAAAUGUUUGCUCAAUCUGUAGUAAGUGUGUGCUUGUAUUAAGAGACACGACCACCACAGCUAUUGGUUAAAUUGCUGCAUAGGAGAAUGAAAUCACCGUUUCACACUCGCACACUCGCAUUAUUAUUGGGCGCUAAUUUGACACUAACUGCUGUUUGUCA